CAGAAGCCUCGAGGACAUCGCCGUGGUACCGGUGCGGCUGGGCUGACUGCGACAUCAAGAUCUACGACGAGCUCGAGGAGCAAGGAUCCCUCGUUUGCUCGAUUCGUCGUCGCCACGACAUGCGGCUGUCUUGAUUAAUCGGGUGAAGGGAGGAUGAAGAAUGCCCCGCGUCGGUGGAGACGGGGGUGGCGGGCCGGAGAAGGCAGGAGGAAGUGGAUUCGGAGGAUGGCUCGGGGGUGCAGCAAGAGCCAUGACAGGGGGAAGUGUCGGCGGUGGUUACGUGGUUCUGGGUGGCACCAGAUACGGUCUCAGACUUUCUCAGGAAAGUCUGCCGCCAUCGAACUCGCGGGAAGAGUCUCAGGAGAGGCGUCGAAAGAGGAGCUCGCGGGAGAGCGACUCUCGCGAGAGGCUGACGGAAAAGUGUGCGGAAAACUCUGGUGCGCUCGAGCUGAGCUCGAGCAUAGCCGACUGUUGUUGCAUCGGUCCACGUUCCCGUUUGCCGUUACCGAGGAUCCCGCCGUCCUCGACGUAUCCAUCGUCCUUGUCGUCGACGACGUGUGGAACAGGCGGAGGUGGUGGUGUAGGUGGAGCUGGAGGUGGCGGUGGAGGAGUAAGUGGUGGACAGGCUCCUUUUCCUGGGCCUCCCACGUCUUCGAACAGCCGUGUUGCCGGCGUGGAACAGCCGGCGACGCUGACGACGCCAACGACGUCGGCGCAACCGUUGGUGAACUCUAAUAAUAACCGAGGGAUGCUGCAAACGUCGGUGGGGAACAGCACUGGCCAGCAGCACCAUCAAGCACAAUCGUCCGCGGCUCUAACGGCGGCGGUACCGUCGUCCUCGUCGUCGUCAUCUACCUCGACGUCGUUCAACACGUCCACCGCCGUCCCGACGCUGCAGUCCGUCUCGGUGCCGCGCCAGCUAGCACAGUGGACCAAGCAUCAGACGCUGAAGCUGCAGGAACCAGCAGUGCUAGCGGUGGACCGAUUGCACAGGUUCCGGUGGAGCGGGGGCGGAGGAGGAAGUGGCAAAAAGUCCUCUUCCGGCCCCCGGAGCGAAAAGGCCGAGCGCCUUCGAGAGCUCACUGAAAAACUCAAGGGACCAGCUCCAGUACCACCGCCUAGAAGACCUUCACGGGUCCAGGCAUCCUCUCCACCCCCGAGCGGAUACCAACCACCCUCGCAAAAUUAUCCUCAGGCAACGAGUCAAGGAUGUGGUCGCUGCGACGGUCGUCCCUCCUGUCGAAGCUACACGUACAGCGAGGGCAGUGGUCACGGGUCGAGCAACCAGCACCCCCAGCAGCAGCACCAGCUGAAGACGAUCGGUCGGAGUGACAGUGUCGGUGACGAGUGUUUCAGUGAGUCGAGUAACGACGCGUGCAGGAAGCCUUGCACCGACUCGAGGAGGACCUCACGGUCGGUCAGGCAACACGAUAGGAACAGUGGUGACGUAAGUGACAUAAAAAACGAGCUGAACGCCAGUGCAGACGGGGCGAAACACCUGAGACAGUAUAGUGAUUCGGUGGUGGAUAGUGGUACGUGUGUGGACGAUUUGUGCGAUAAUCUGAGCACCGCCUCGGGAGCAGGAAACGAGGGCGAAGCAAGGGAUGCAAUCACCAGAUUGGAGCCUAGGGGGCCGCUUCUUACCUUUCACAGAGCUGGCGCACCGUUUCGUAGCGCUUCCUUCGGCCAGGUGGACUUCAAUCAAGUUAAUCGGCAGAAGGCUCAGCCAAUAGCCACGUCGAAUCGCACAGAGAGCAAGGAUGUUCGCGCUAGCACGUUACCACGAAGACGAGGGGACGUCAGUCCAGUGGUCUCGACGCCACAGAACAGCCCUAAUCGUCAGAGUCCGAGAACGUCGACGCCAAGCGUCGACAGCGCCGUCGGCUCCGCGGAAGGCUUGGGUGUACCUCAAACCGGAAAUGUCGAAGAGAUUCGCCCGAGGAGCGACGGUUCCGACAGUCUGGCAACUUCCAGUGCCCUCACCAGCCCGGAACCACCGGUUCCGGAGAUCAACGAGCCGAGAGUCGAUCUGGUGCAAGCGGACGUGCCUCCUAUCGAGGUCGUCACGUCCGAGCCCGUUUUUCCGCUCGUUGAAACCACACCGAUCGAGGAAACCGUGCAGAAAGAAAACAGGAUGGAGCCCCACGAGGUGAUAAUAACACCUCCACCCGAGGAGCCACGGUUGAGCCAAACGAGCGAGGGUAGCGAGGCGGCGAGCGAAGCACCCUCCGAGGCUUCGUCGCCGUCAGGCAAAACGAGAAGGUACAGAGGGGACACUAGUAAAAGGAGAAAGGGCGUGUACAUAACCCAAUGGCCUGAGUCCUUGGACACCGACAGGAACAAGCUGUCAGCUCAGAGCAGCGAGGAAAGAGAUGAGCCACCUGCGACGCCCAGCGACCUCUCCGACUGCGAGGGCCACACGCCUAGAAGGUACAGUAAGAGGCCUCUGCGUGGUCCUUACGGGCAAAUGCUCGAGGCAGAAAUGGCGAAGCCACGAACCGCCGAUAUCUCUCUCGAGGAAGGCCUUCGUCCGCGCAGAAAAGUUUCCGCGAAUCUCUCGUACAACACAAGCUCGAAUAACAGCGGUUCCGAGCCACCCACGCCAUGCCAUCAUAGAACCACUUCCAGCCCGAGCAAACUCGAAGGUCUUCCGGGACCAAGUCCCGAACUCCUCGCGGAACUACUUCGAGGAUCUUCGGAGAGGGUGGCUCGAGCGCCGGUGCAUCGAAACGAUACCAGGACUCACGUAGUUGUCGAGCUAUACGAUACGGAGCGAUCGUACGUGGAGGCACUGCAAAUACUAGUCAAUAAAUACCUACAACCAUUGAAGAGUCCUGAAAAUGCCGGUUUGGUGGACGCAGGGACAGUGGACGAAAUCUUUUAUCAGAUUCCCUCGAUUCUCAAUCAUCACGAGGUGUUUCUGGAGGAGCUGCGUAAAAGGCUGGACACUUGGGAACUUAAGCAGACCAUUGGCGAUGUCUUUCUCGAUGUGUUCACCAAGCCAGUCGUCCUGGAGACGUACACCCUUUUCCUUGAUAAUUGGAAGUCCGCGAGGAAGGCGAUAAAAACGACUUGCCAAGCGAAACCGGCUUUCGCGCGAUUCCUCGAGACAAUGGAACGGGAGCACAAAGGGAAACUCGGGCUUGAUCAGUUAUUGAUCAAACCGGUGCAAAAGAUACCUCGUUACGAGCUGCUGAUCCAGAGGCUGCUCAAGCACACCGAUUCCACGCAUCCAGAUUUCGAGUUGCUGCAAGCUGCUCAGAAGGAGGUGCACGAACUCGUCGUGAAGAUCAACUGCACGGAAAGGGAGUCUCUCGAGUGGGAACAACAGCAAACUACGUUGAGGGAGGUUCAGGCGCUCGUCGAAGGACUUGCUGGAAUCGUGACGAACGAUAGAGCAUUCGUACGCCACGAUUUGGUCACCAUAGCCUCGAAUCAAGGGACAAGGAAGGAACGAGCACUAUUUCUGUUCUCGGAUCUGCUUGUUAUCACCAGCAUUAAGAGGAGAAGCGGAACCAUUAGAAAACCAUCGACUUCCUGUCCAAAUAGUCUGGUUAGCCUACUGGAAGCGAAUAAGUACAAAAUGUUAAUGAGAAUACCACUGGACGACCUAGAAGUUAUGAAAGCCAAAGAUGAGAACUUGAGGCGAAUGGCUCGUGAGGUGGACCAUCUUCGCGAAGACUGCGCGACGUUGACGCAGCUUCAGGAACUGGCGUCAACGUUGCACAGCGCGAAGCAACAAUUGGAGGAUCUUAUCAAGGAUAUGCUCGGACAGGCGCAACGUCAAUUAGCCGAAAGGAACGCGGCGCAUUCGCAGCUAGCCUGUCUAGAGCUGACGCUUAAUACUCAGGCCGGUAUCGAGAACAUUUCCGUAAUGUUCACGAAGCCUGACAAAAGGGCCAGCUGGGAGGAGAGCUUCAACGAGGCGAAGCAGAAGUUAGCGUUGUCCGCUGAUAGGAGGCCCUGCCCAGAAUUCGCGGGACCUUUGCCUAUACGAAACACCCGGGCUGGUAUGCAGUUCACCUGUGCCGCGCCUACCUUGGCCAACGGACAAUGCUCGAGCGAAGUUUGGGUGUGCAACAGCGACGGCUACGUGGGCCAGGUUUGCGUGCUGAGUCUGACACCUGAACCACCGCAGGUGCCGUCUUGCAACGUGGUUUGCAACGCGAGGAUCCUCUGCGUCGCUGGAAUCCCGGCUUGCACCCAGAGAUCGAAUUCGUGCGUGACUAACAACAUUUCAUUCGCGAACAGUAAGAGCGGCAUAAGCAUCUCGGUCCAGGAUGUCGAUGCCAGUGGCGGGAACAUACAGUUAGAUAGUAGCUCGAGCUCCGAAGACUCGGACUCGGACGACAUUCCAUGUGCAGAUACGGGUAGCCUGACUUUGACCGGUAACGUUCCAAGUAUUGAUAACGUUACAACGGAGGAGGAUGUUAAUCAGCCAACCAUGUGGCUGGGAACCGAAGAUGGCUGCAUACACGUUUGCAAUUGCAACGACAAUAUCAGGAUAAAGAAGAACAAAGUGAAGAUACAGCACAAUAGCAGCGUGCAUUGCAUUAUAUAUUUGGACAAUAAGGUGUUCGUAUCACUUGCUAAUGGAGACGUUACAGUUUACACUCGAGAUCACAUGGGUGGUUGGAACACACCGGAGCCAACAACUGUAUCAGUGGGCACAGUGGCUUUCCCAGUCACGAAGAUGCUUCCGGUGUCCGGGAAAAUCUGGUGCGGUCACAAUUCCGUGAAGAUCCUCAAUACCCACACUUUGGACAUAGAACACACGUUCCCUGUUAGCAACGACACGUCUCUGUCGGUUUCCUGCAUGGCGAGUUCCGGUGGACACGGUGUUUGGAUUUCUUUGCACAACAGCGCUGUGCUGCGACUGUUUCACUCCGACAGUUACGAAUGUUUGACAGACAUCAAUAUAGCACCGGCUGUCACCAAAAUGCUUACCAGUUGCGAUGACAUAAUACGACAGCACAAGGCCGCCUGUCUCAGGGUCACCGCACUUUUGGCUUGCAACGAGUUGCUUUGGAUCGGCACGAGCGCUGGUGUACUAUUGACCGUGCCAAUUCCCCAUAUAAAGCCAUCCACUCAGAGGAUGUCACAACCGCCGAUCGUAACUGGUAUUCCUCAUGGACAUACCGGCCACGUGCGUUUCCUCACAUGCGUGGAAACGACGACGCCGUCGAAGCCGGACCCACGGCCAAAGGUGAACAGAUACUCUCUGAAAUCCAGCAAAACCCAGCAGAACAAUAUCAGCCGGGGAAAACUGCUGGUGAUAUCAGGCGGAGAUGGUUACGAGCAUUUCAGAGGACCGCAGGCAUCCGCCGAGCUGCAGGCUGGUCGUGAGGACUCGACCAAUCAUCUGCUGCUUUGGAAAGUGUGAUCUGAUCUAGCACGGCCCUCGGUAAGGGCCGCAGUUCACGCACGUCGGCAUGACACGCCGUGGGAAUCGUCAUUGCGUGUGCAAUACACACGCGGUCGGGUCCGUCAUCGUCCGAUCGUGGCUGUUCAGGACGUAUUCGCCCGACGAUUUUUCAAGGAACGUGGGAAGGUUCUCUGGCUCGUAUUGGCCGAGUGGAUCAAGAGCAGGAUAAAGGAGGCCCGUUAUUUUCAGGGUGCUAAGAGGCACACGUUCCAUACUGUUAUGAAACCGAAGAAUUAGAUAGCUUUCUCUGAUAAAUAGUCCUUCGAUGCUGAUCGAGGUCAGACAUUUAC